UGCGGCCUGUGGCUGGGGGCGGCGGGCGGGCGGGCGGGGGGCUGGCAGGCCUUCUUCACCUUCUCCUUCUUCAGCACUCUGCCGCUCCGCCUCCCGCACAUCCUGCUGCUCGCCGGCCUCUCCUGCGGCCUCCACACCGUCCUCCUGGGCCUGAGCCGCGGCCCCGCGCCCGGCCCCGGCCCCGGCCUCGGCCACCAGCUCCUGGCUGAUGUGAUGCUGUACACGUGUGUGAUGGCGGUGGGAGUGAUGUCCUAUUACAUGGCCGACAGGAAGCAUCGCAAGGCGUUCCUCGAGACUCGCCAGGCCCUCGAGGUCAAACUCAAUCUGCAGGAGCAGAGCCAACAGCAAGAGUGCCUGCUGCUCUCCAUUCUCCCGAAGCACAUCGCGGACGAGAUGCUGAAGGACAUGAAGAAAGAUGAGGAAUCCAAGCAACUGCAGCAGUUCAACACCAUGUACAUGUACCGACACGAGAAUGUCAGUAUCCUGUUUGCUGACAUUGUUGGCUUUACUCAGCUCUCCUCCUCGUGCAGUGCUCAGGAAUUGGUCAAACUACUCAAUGAGCUCUUCGCUCGCUUUGAUAAACUGGCCGCGAAACACCAUCAGCUGCGGAUCAAAAUCCUGGGAGACUGUUAUUACUGCAUCUGUGGUUUGCCAGUGACCCGCAACGACCACACGGCCUGCUCCAUCUCCAUGGGCCUCGCGAUGGUGGACGCCAUCUCGUAUGUGCGGGAGAAGACGCAGACACAGGUGAACAUGCGUGUGGGGAUCCACACAGGGACAGUGCUGGGGGGGGUCCUGGGGCAGCGCAACUGGCAAUAUGACGUGUGGUCAACAGAUGUGACACUCGCUAACAUACUGGAAGCUGGUGGUGUUCCCGGGUAA